AUGAUCAAAUCGUUCAGGAAGGGGAAACGCCUGUCUGACCUGUCAGACAAGCUGAAAAGGUCAAUUUCGCGUGUCACCUCGGGCAGCUCAGCUUAUGGUUUUCAUGCUACAGGCUCGGGUUUACAUGACACGAAUAACGUGGAUGUUCUGCUUUCUUCGCCACAAAAAGUUAUUAAAGCUUUGUAUAAAUACGAGGUCCAGGGUCCUGGAGAACUCGGUUUUGACAAGGGCGACUUCUUCCACGUGGUUGCAGAAGAAGAGAAUGGCUGGUACCAGGCCAGCAACCCAAUGACUCAUGCCAAAGGAAUGGUACCCGCAUCGUACUUUGAGGUGUUCAAUCGGUCUCGUCCAAUCACCACGGAAAACCCAGCGGUCACCAGUCCACGCCGACACCGUUCCGCGGGCUCGGGCCAAAAUUUGGCUUACGCAAAUGGCACAAAUAGUCCGGGGUCUGGUCCUGCGGGGCAGGCCCAUCGCAACUCCAACCAAACGUUGUAUGCCACCACACUUUUCGACUUUAAGGCGGAGAGAGACGACGAGUUAGACAUCGCUAAGGACGAGAACCUUAUUAUAUGUGCGCACCAUGGUUUUGAGUGGUUCAUUGCCAAGCCAAUCAAUCGUCUUGGUGGCCCUGGUCUCGUGCCGGCCCUGUAUGUGAAAAUUCGUGAUCUUCUCAAUCCUAAUAACACAGCGCCCUCGGACGACACUGUCAAGGUAGUGGAGACGUUUCACAUUCCCACCGUCGAAGAAUGGAAACAACAAACAGCCCGCUACCAGGCUUCUACCAUUCCCCUUGGUUCGAUAUCGAACCAAACACCCGUGGUACUGUCCAAUACGCAAUUCUUCCAGAAAGAUACUUCCGCGCAAUCUAACAGACUGUCGCUUAGCUCGCUCAAUGCGUCCGUUUUAGAAGCCAGUGUCGACUCAUAUCAGUUGGAUAAUGGUCGCUACCAAUAUCUUGUUAUAGCUCGUCUCAGCAACGGCAAAGUGCGUCAUCUCUACCGUUUCUACCAAGACUUCUACGAUCUCCAGGUGAAGCUACUUGAGCUCUUUCCGUAUGAGGCUGGCAAGAUUGAAAACCUGAAGCGAAUCAUUCCUUCGAUUCCUGGCCCUCUCAUCAACGUCAACGACAGCAUAUCAAAGCUACGCCGAGAAAAAUUGGACUACUAUCUUCGGAAUCUAAUUGCGCUACCACCACAUAUUUCUCGUUGUGAAGAGGUUUUAAAGAUCUUUGAUGUUCUUGAUAACGGGUUCGACCGUGAGUUCAUCGAUAAGAAAGAAAACCGUCUGCUGAAGCCAAUAUCACAGAAGUCGAUGUACCAUCAAGACCGUCUUUCUCAAUACUCGAACAUGCUCAAUAACUCCGGUGCCACAAGAGUGCUGUCAACUCCUACGUCUUCCGACUCGUUGAACCGCUCGAUCUCUUCAUCAUCUGCAAACCUCAUCAACUCCACCUCCACCUCUGUACCAUCUGACCGCCCCACCAAAAUCAAGGUAAAGUUUUACUACGAGGAUGAUAUUUUUGUGCUUUUACUUCCCACAAACCUCCGUUUGCACGACCUUAAAUCAAAACUUUAUAAACGAUUGAGUUUGGAUGACUUAGCAAAUGGACGUCCAGUGGAUGACAUCAUCAGGAUUUACCUCAAAAAUGACUUUGACGCUGUUUUGGAAGAAACUGGUUCGGUACUGGGUCUUGAAGACUCGGCGCAGAUCAAGUUGUCUACAAUUGAAAUCGCUACUGACGAUCAAUUCCACCACAACAUGUACGACAAGUGUAAAUUAGCUAUCUUAGCAAUUACGUGA